AUGCAAGAAAACCGAAAAUAAAUACUAAAAUCUUAAGAUUCUGAUAGAAGUAUGAAGAAUGCAGUCAAUACAAUUACAAGAAUAACAAAUAAGAAAAUACAACAGUUGGCUUUUUUAACAUAAUAUCCUGAAGAGAAAAAAUAUACUGUAGUUGAGAAAGUGAACAAGCUAAUUGAUAAGACUUAGAGUAAGUUGAAACAUUAAUAAAUACCAAAGGAUGUUUAGUUUUAUAAAAGAAAUAUGAAAAAAUUUGAGAAUCUUUCAUCAUUCAUAAAUUCAAAAGGAUUACUAUAAGCUAAUUUUAGUAUGCCUAAAUUAAGGGUAAAAGAGAAAGUUGAUGAUUAAGAGCAAGAAUAUGUAGAUUAUUUACUUGCAAAAAAUUGUAAGACAAUUUUAAUAUGAUGUAGAUAAACUAUAAUAAUAGAGAUAGAGAAGAAAAAGCAAAUAAGUGAAAGAAAACUAUGAGUAAUGUUGGGAAUUAGAAAAUUCUGAUUAUGAUUUUGAAUCUCCUAUAAAUGUAGGAAAAGAAUUAAAAAUAGCUCAUUAGGAUUAAAUAAAAGGAGAAAUAGAAGCAAAAGCAAAAUUAUUGGAAUUAUAAUAAAUUCGUAAGUAUAAAAGGAAAGCAACUGCCAUAGAAUUAAAGGGUUCUUAAAGAUCUUCUUAAUAUAAUAUUGAAGAUGAGGAUGAAUUGGUUGAAUAAUCAGGUCAUAUAAAUGCAUAACAUUAUAAAGAAUAAUCAGAUAAGGUCAUUAAAAUGAUUUGGAAUGCUGCUAAGAAGAUAUAUAAUAAAAAGGAAGAUUAAAUAAAAAAAGAGAUUAUAAUGCAUUAAAUAGCUAAAAAUUAUAGAUAAAAAUAGAGAGAGAUGGCUAAAGAAGAAAUUAAUAAGAUUUUACUAAGUAUAAAUGUUUAAUUAUUUUAAGCUGGUUAAAAAUAACAUUUAGUAUUUGCUAAAACAGUGAGACAUUUGCCAGAGAAUGGUGAUUCAAAAUAAAAUACAGAUCAUUUUUUUAGAAAAAAAGGACAAACAUCUCGUAAAUUAUAAGUUCCAUAUUCGUUAUCCCCACCAAGUUAAUAAGAAGAAUUUAAAUCUAAUAGAAAAAUAUCUUAAAUUAAUUCUAGAUUGCAUGAUAUUGUUCAUUAAAUUGAUAAUAUAACUGUAGGAGAUCAAGCUUAAACAAUAAAAAAAAUGUAGAGUUAAUAAAUAUCUUAUUAAACAUUGAGGGAAACUCUUUAGCCAGAUUAAAUUAAAGAUACUUUAAAAGGUCUAUUUCUUCCAACAGAUCAUUUAUAUAAAAAGCCUUUGUAAUUUAAUAAGAAACAUUUCUAAAAUUAAAUCUUAUGA